AUGUACAUUCCACUUGUGAGUGAGAUUUCCACUUGGCUUCUCCUCUUUACUGUCAUUCUGGCGGCAUUCUACUAUUACUGCACAAGUUUUGUCGGUGUCUUUAAAACAGUUGGCAUCCCUGGUCCCACUCCAUGGCCAAUCGUCAAUCAUUCACCAGAGCUGAAAAAGCACGGUCUGUCCAAGAUGUUGGAUGAGUGGAGGAAGACGUAUGGCAACACGUUUGGGAUCUAUGGGUUGUUCCCUAGAUGUGCGACACUUGUGACCUUUGAUACACGUCUGCUUGAGUAUGUGAUGGUUAAAGACUUCAGCAAUUUUGUGGAUCGCGCAGGAAGGAAUACAACGCUCAGCUCAGGUCUGUUUUUCCUCAACGGGAACGCCUGGUGCAGAUCCCGCCAUGUUUUGUCUCCCAUGUUCACUGCUGGCAGAUUGAAGCAAAUGCUCUCCCAUGUCAGUACAAGCUCGGCCGGAUUUGUGUCCCUUAUCAAGAAAUACAAAGAGCAAAAGAAGUUGAUUCCAUUGAAGGCGUUGGCAGCCAGGUACACAUCAGAUGUUAUAGCCAGAGUGGGGUUUGGCGUGGACUCCAAGGCUUUGACAGAUGAAAACAGUGAAUUUGCAUAUCACAUUAAUAAUUUUAUCCGCAUUCCUGCAACUAGGCUUCAAAAUAUUUUGAGAACAAUUGGAGAGUUCUUCCCCCUUGUGAUGAAAGCUGGACUGCGUCUGUUCAACAAGCAAGUAGAUGCUAUAUUGCCAGAGACAGAGAAAUAUUUUGUGAACUUUGUUAACGACGCCAUUGUUAACAAACAGAAGGAUAAAAGUAACAAAGAUUUAUCCACCAAACGAAAAUUAGACAUGCUGGACAUGUUACUGGAUGCGGAGGUAGAAGAGACCAACCUUAACAACCUUAAAGCAGAUGACAGGAAAAUCACUAGGACAGAGGUGAUAGGAAACUCAACAAUUCUGAUUUUAGCAGCAUUUGAGACAACAUCUACAGCAUUGAGUUCCAUCUUGUACCUGCUGGCAAGACAUGAAGAUGUGCAGGACAAAGUAAUUGAAGAAAUUGAUGAAGUUCUCGAUGGAAAGUCAACUCCAAGUUAUGAAGAUCUGUCAAAGCUGGUAUACACUACACAA